CACGAUGGGAGGCAAGCUCAGCAAGAAGAAGAAGGGCUACAGUGUGAACGACGAGAAAGCCAAGGACAAGGACAAGAAGGCUGAAGGCGCGGGGACCGAAGAGGAGGGGACCCCGAAGGAGAGCGAGCCCCAGGCGGCCGCGGAGCCCGCAGAGCCCAAGGAGGACAAGGCCGAGAAGGACGCCCAGGACGCCGAGCCCAAGGCCGACGACAAGGGCGAGAAGGACGCGGCUGCGGCCCAGGAGGGGGCGCCCAAGGCCGAGCCCGAGAAGACGGAGGGGGCCGCCGAGGCCAAGGAGGAAGGGGACCCCAAAAAGACUGAGGCUCCCGCAGCUCCUGCCGCCCCGGAGACGAAAAGCGACGGGGCCCCAGCUUCAGACUCAAAACCGAGCAGCACUGAGGCUGCCCCCUCUUGCAAGGAGCCCCCCGCAGCCACGGAAGCGCCCAGUUGUACCCCCAAGGCCCAGGCCCCCGCAGCCCCCGCAGAAGAGCUCAAGGCCCCCGAGGCCCCCGCGGCGAGUUCCGAUCAAACCGUGGCCGUGAAAGAGUGACAAGGACAGCCAGGGGAGACACGACACGCUUAAGCCACCUCUCUCUCUCUCUCUCUCUUCUCUCCCCCCUUCUCUUUCUCUCUUUUUCUCUCCCCUUCUCUCUCCCUCU